GAACUGUCAACACAACGAAACUGUUUGCGUAAAUAAAUUAGCUGUGCGAUAAAGAAUUUGCUCAAAAACAUUGCAUUUUGCAGCUGGACACAGCUGUAUUGCCUCAUAGAAAGCUUCUAGAAAAGUGUACAUAUUUGCUAAUACUAAACGAAGCACAACUCCUACUGUGCGCUUUGGAAUUGGACCGUCGGUGAAAGUGAUUCGUCACGCUGCAGCUUUUGUCUACGGUAGAAUGAUUGUUGUGAAUAGUGUUUCCAAAAGCCAAUGAAAGCGGAAUCUUUCGCAGAUCUAACGAUCCUCCAACAUGUCUUGCGAAGUAAAGGUUCUCGCCAGCAUUGACAACCUGGACGAGGUGCAGGAACAGUUCGGUUUGAGCUCAGAAGAAAACUGGCUGAAUACGAUUUCCUACUCCCUGUCGCCCGCCGGAGACAUUCUCGCCCUUGGGCACGGAUCGAUACUGGUGGUGCUAGCUUCCCGCUGGGAUCGGCAACGGCAGCUCAAUGUGUACAAGACGGCCUGGCGAGGGGCGAUCGAUAGUCCCAGUUGCAUCAUCACCAGCGUGCUCUGCACGCCCAUCGUCGGCCAGGGCCAGAGCUCGCAAACCAUGGUCGACUUCAGUUACAUCAUGGUCGGGCUCGACGAUGGGCAGGUGCUGUUUUAUGGCGAAAACGGUACGCUCAUCCAUUCGCAAACCUUCCACCAAGAGCCGGUGCAAGCGAUCAAGGCGCAGAGCGGCAAACAUAUCAACGAGGAGCUGUACGUCCAGCAUCCGUCCUGCACUGUGAUCUUGCAGGGGGCGCAGGUAUUUCCGCUGCUUCGCAGCCUGCGCCAGCAGAUCAACCGGUACGGCAUCGGCAGCCCGAAGGUGAACGAAGCGCAGGAAACGAUCGCUUGCCGCAAGUGGAGCUACGAGAAGGGCAUGACGAUCGUGGAUACCGUGGUCGUGGGGCCACAGAAGAGCUGCACCUACGAUCAUCUGCUGACGGCCAGCCUGGAGGGAGGCUUUUUCGCCAAAUAUCGCCAUGCGGCACCGCAGAACUCGCUCAUCAUUGCCGCGGGCAGCAAGCCUUACGUUGGGUUCCAUUACGCCAAGGAAGGGUUCACGCAGCCUGUGCUGGCGGAUGUGGCCCGUGCGGUGGCUAGCAAAAUCAAAUCUGCCUUGCCUUCCUGGUUGGGUGGUGGUGCUUCCGCCCAACAACAAACUGCCGCCGAACCACAGCUGCCCCCGUCGGAACCGUUGAUAUGCCGGUUCGGAUUGUGCGAUUUGCAGCGGAACGCAUUUGCCGUGUGGCUUGCACCGAACCACCAGCUGGCUGCCGUGGCGGACAAUCUCGGGCGCGUGAUCCUUGUCGACUGCCAGCGCGGCAUUGCUUUGCGCAUUUGGAAGGGCUACCGUGAUGCGCAGUGUGGGUUCGUCGAGGUAGCGGAAAAGCUGCCGAAAGAAUCGUCUUCGGCCGCUCCCGGUCGCAAGAUGGACCGCCGGAAGGCACUGUUUCUCGUGAUUUACGCACCUCGCCGAUCGGUGCUCGAGAUAUGGUCGCUGCGUGCCGGUGGCCCCAAGGUGGCCGCCUUCAGUGCGGCCAAGAACGGACAGCUCAUCUACAACACCCACAGCCAGAUGGGAGUGACCACUGGGGCAAGCAAGGUGAAGUACACUGGGCACGGGUGUACGUUUUUCGAUCCGUCCGACAGCAGCCUGAAGGAGAUCGUGAUACCGUUCCACUGUGCGCUGAGUGAUUCCAAGUCGAAGCUGGCCAAAGAUUUGCAUUUGCUGAAGCGACUGAAGGUGUGCCUGAAGUCGGGCGACGGCAGCGAGUCGGAAGAGCUGGAGGAAAUGACCGACAUGUGUCGAUGCUUCGAGACGGACGAGGUGCGGCAGCAGUGCGUGGAAAUGUUGGCCAAACAGCGCAAGAUUCGCCCGAAGCUGUUUGCAGCGGUGGUGGACAUUUUUGCUGAGAUUGCGGUGGAGGGAUCGAUCGUGAACAGUACCCUUGGUGUCUCGGAAGCUUCUGCAGCGGGUGACGAUGACCAGCACGGUGACGAGGAACAUCAGGAUACGCGUUCCGUCUGUUUGCCGGCGGGCAAAAGUCCGCUACAAGUGAUGUGUGAAAAUUAUCAACGACUAGUCUUGUUUUAUCUGCAUCUGCACGGUGAUAGGCCAUCGAUCGAGGAUGGUAAAGCGGUUCAGCAGAGUAAGCAGGAAAAGUCGCCCGAUGGCAAUGAUACCGAAGAACCUGACCCCGAAUUGGUUGAUCAGAAAGCUGACGAUCAAAGCACCAUCAAUUUGCAACUAUCCGAUCAGGAGCUAACGGUGAUCGAGCAACUGAUCGAGCUCAUUCGGCUGAACGAAAGCGAAGGAUCGCAGGCGGGCCAGAACGCAACCGUGGCAGGCAGUGCAGCAUCGAAAGGCGUCAAGUUCGACGAGAGUGCCAGUUCGGGUGGGCGUAAUUCCAGCUUCAUGGAGUACCUAUCAUCGUUCAACGUAACAAACGAGGAUCUUAUACUGCUGCGGGAUGAGAGUUCUCAUGCGACGCUUGGCAAGAUUAUCUUCGACAAGCUGUAUCGGACGGAUUCGAGCCGGCUAGUUGGAUUCGUGGAGGCGGCCGAAGCAUGCGGCCUGAUGCCCGAAGACUUGCUGCGAACGUUUCUCGCCUACUGGCUGCGCUUGCCGUUCAACUACAGCGACAUGUCCACGCUGAUCGAGGAUUUGAACCGGUUCAAUGCUGUGCUGCACCAGAUAUGCUUGGUGGCGCGUGAUCGGAUCUAUUUCGAGAACAACGCCAUUUGUCUGUGGUGGCAGUCGGUGCGUGAAUAUCUGCUGGAGUCGCCGUGCGCGUUGCGUGGUUUGCUAGCCGCGCUGAUGUGCCGCAACGAGGCGCUGCGCCACGAAAGCCGCCGACGUAGCGAUGAGGAGGAGCUUACAACGACGGAACAGUUCGAGCAGGUCUCGCAGGAAGCGUGCCAGUGGAUGCUGUUGAUCUACAAGCUGGAGGACGUGGCUAUCCUGGGCAAGAUUCUGGGGGAAAGUGUGCGCUGCCGCAAUCCGCGCUGGCCGACGCUGAAGUACCAAAAACCGGUAGUGAGCCUGAAAGAGAUCCUCACCGGCGGCAAGGGCAUAGUGUCGGAGCUGGUUGCAAAAUGGGUUGCGUCGACGGGAAUCGAUCCGCCGAUGCUGGUGAUCGAGGUGCCACCGGAAGCGACGGAGCUGGAUACCAAGGCGGAGGAGUCAUCGCCCGGCAAGGGCACCGAUCCGGAGAAGAGUAGCCGGCGGGAACGGAACCGGCGAUUGGCGAUGCUGAAGGCGAACCUGCUGCUCACGUCCGAGUACGGCCCGUCGAAGGACGGCGGGGAGCAGGAAGAGCUCGAUCCGGUGCUGUACAAUCUGAACAUUCUUCGGCUACAUUUCCCGUUCAGUCUCGAUUCCGGGCAGCUGCUGGCUCAGCUCGCCUGGGUGUACAUCGGGGCGUGGAGCAGAAACAUGGCAAACGUGGCCUGCCUGCAGGCCGGACUCGCAUCACUGAAAGCCAUCCCGCGGCUGCAGUACUCCAUCAAGCACGGUCUGUGCUGCAUGAUCUGGAAUGCGCAUUUGAAAAUCCCGCUCGAGGCAACGAAGAAGCUGGUGAACAAGGUCGGCCGGCUGCCGAAGGAGAAGCUCUGCCUGCAGGACAUCGGCAUCAGCGAUGCGCUGGUGCCCCAGUUUCUGGAGUGCUGUUUGGAGUUUUUCGACCAGUUUGGCGGCAGCCUCGAUCACGACAAGCUGGAGCUACGCUUCGAGGACCUGCUGCAGGACGGGCCGGUACCGUUGACGACGCUCGCCACCCAGCAGUCGUCGGCCAAUAUGGCUUUGCUGCGGCUGCACCAGGAGCUGACGACCGUGCUGCUCAUACUGACCUCGUUCAGCGUGCGCUAUGCGAACAAACCGAUCCAGCAGCUGUUUGACGGGAUGUCGAAUCAGGCGUUCUUUUCCGAAAUCAAUCGCCAGCAGAACGCGACCAAUGCGCUACCGAAGGCGGACCAACUGUUGCGGAAAACGCGGCUCGAGUUUCUGUGCCGCACGGUGACGGCCACGAUGGAGCUUAUCCACGAGGACAUGGAGACGGUGUACUACGCGGACCAUAACGGCUGGAUGGACACGAUCGAGCGACUGGCCGGUGCCUGGGAGCUGGAGUUUGGCGACAUUCGAAAGCAUCAGAUAAUUGAGCUGUACGCGUACGGAUGGGACACAUAUGCGCACGAGCUACUGGAGAACGUCAUUCCGGACCAAACCUUCUCGAACCUGCUGCUAACGAUAGCGGGCCGCCGACUGGCGCUGUACACCAAAGCGAACCCGACGGCCUGGGGCCAGAUUGCGGCCGUCGGCCCCCUGCUCACCGACUAUCUCGAUACGCUUGUAAGCAAUAGCAAUUACGGACCACCGCUGCGUUCCGUCGAGACGGACGAGACCGUGCUGGCGACGGCAGCCGGCAGUGAUUUGUUCAUCGAAAAGAUAACGAAACUAACGGAGAAAGCGUUCAACUGUCUCUCGGCGCUGGCAGUCAACGCGAAGGGCACGGCCAAGGAGCUCCGCAUCGCCGGGCUCAUCUUUGACGCUUGCGCCACAAUCAAAGAUCAUCAACAUUAGCCAGCAGCAGCCAAAGGGAAAGAGUGUAUGUGAGGGAGAGAGAGAGAGAGGACGGGAGUGAGCGACAGAAUGAUAACCCGCGCGCCAAGCCACGUGAUAUUGAUGUUCGCUGCUGUUUCUUCGCCGAUUUCUGUCCGACUCUAAGUGUAAAUAAUUUUAACCAAUUUACUAAGAACACAAAACCGUACAGGCACCGGAAUGUGGUGCGAGGAUGGUGCGAACGCGCUCUCGGGGGUUCUAUUUGGUACCGUCUGGGUUGAGCCCGCCGUUAUGAACGAUUCCGGUUAUCCUUUUUUUAUCCAACCACUCUCUCCACCCAACUUGUUGCAUAAGAUAAAUAAUGUCUCGAAAAUGUUAAUAAAAAGCCUUGUUGACUUGAACAGAA